GUUGCUAACGCUUUGUUGAGUUAUCGAGUGAUUUGGAUUUGUGUUAUAAUUUGCAAUUUAUGUUAAAAUAAAACCUAAACAUUUUUUUAUUUUGUGAUCGAGAUAUUGUCGCAGUAAAUUUAUAUUGCUUGUGAUAAUAUCUUGUAGUGAAUCUAAACAAAAUGUCUGUGGCAUUUGCUCCAAGGGGAAAUAGACCCCCUUUGACUCCUGCCCAAAUUCAGAAAAUGUUAGAUGAAAAUGCUCAUUUAAUACAAACUAUUCAAGAGUAUCAGGCAAAGGGCCAAUUAAUGGAAUGUCACCAAUACCAGCAAGUUUUACAUAGGAAUUUAGUUUAUUUGGCAUCCGUCGCUGACGCUAAUCAAAAUAUUCAAGCAAUUUUACCGCCACCCCACCAACUUGCUGCUGGUAAUGUACCACAAGGACCAAUGAAUACCCCAUCAAGUGCUGCAGAAGUGCCUGGAUCACCACAACAAGCAUAUAGACCACCCUCAGGAGUUUCUUCAGCACCAACCAGGCCCACACAGUCCUAUGGACAAAGACCAUAUCCACAGAAUCAGUAUCAGGGCCAAUAUCAAGGAGCCCCAGGUGUUUAUCCUCCCCAAAGUGGAUAUGGUCCUCCUAGUCAAGGUUAUGGACCACCAAAUCCAUCACAACAAGGACCCCAAGCAUAUGCUCCUAAUUCUAGUUAUGGACCACCCAUAACCACAACACCUAGCAAUUAUCCACCAUCUACACAUCCUGGUCCAGGAUAUCCACCAUCAACUGCUCAACAGCCGUAUGCACCUCCCCCUGGAAGUCCAGCUGCUUCAGGCUCGCCAUACCCUGUUCGUGGUGCGAGUCAGCCUGUCUAUACUGGCAAUUCUGCAUACCCGCCUCCACAGUCAGGUGCAAAUUACCCAAAUGUUGGUGUCAGCACUUACAACUCAACAUCUGCCCAACCUCAGCCAUAUCAAUCUCAACCAUUUCCUAACACUACCCCCACUUCUGCAUAUAGCUCCACCCCAAUUUCUCAACCGAACCGUUCCCCUCAGCCACCGCCUAGUGGAUAUACAUCGCAAAAUCCAACAAGUACAGGCUAUGGAUCCCCCUCAGCACAGUCACCAACUUAUAAUUCCAGUUCUCAUGGAAAUAAUCCCCCUCCUUCAACUGUUGCUUCUGGGGUACAAUCUCAAGGUGGUCCACCUGUGCAACAGUAUCCGCCUUCUGGGCAGCCAUCACCUUAUCCUCCAGCGACACAACCACCAUAUUCUAAUCCUUCCUCUCAACCUGGCAGUCCUGCACCCUCAGUGUCAACUGCACCCCCACCUCAAUCAACAUACCCUCAGAAUCCACAGAAUUAUCCGCCCAGCGGCGGGGCAUAUCCUCCGCAUGCAUAUCAGCAAGGUUAUCCUCCUUCUCAAUAUCCUCCAUCUCCAUACCCUUAUGCUCGGGCACCGGCACCUGGAGCUCCGCCAUCUGGUGCACCACAGCCAUACCCAGGCUAUGGUUUCCAACCUCCCAACCAGCAGUAGAUUUCAUUGAAUAGAAAUGCCUAAAUGUUAAGCUUUGUGUCUAAGGAAGUACUGCUCAAAUGCUUUGAUUAAUCAAAAUACAUUUUUUAUUUGACACUAAUAUUCAUUGUGCAUAUGAAGUAAGCAAUUUACUGGACAUA